AUGGCUCAACUCCUGAACAGCAUACUCAGUGUGAUCGAGGUGUUCCAGAAAUAUGCCAAAGAGAAUGGGGAUUGUGCCUCACUAUGCAAGAAGGAGUUGAAGAAGCUGCUCUUGGCUGAGUUUGGAGACAUCCUCCGGAGACCAAAUGACCCAGAGACUGUGGAAACCAUCCUGAGCCUCUUAGAUAGAGACAGAAAUGGACGUGUUGAUUUUCAUGAAUACCUCCUAUUGGUGUUCCAGUUGGUCCAAGCCUGCCAUCAAAAGCUAGACAGUAAGUCAUGUAGAGAUACAACCUCCCAGCAAGAAAGGGAACAGGAAGAAACACAAGACCAUAAGUUUCCAGGAAACACAGGUGGACAACACAGGCAGAGGCAUGAGGAAGAAAGGCAGAACUCCUACCACAGUCGGUCUGAAAGACAGAGUCAGGAUGCCCAACAUGAUCAGUCUGAGAGAAAAGAUAGGAAUUCCCACUAUGGUCAGUCUGAGAGACAAAAGAGGGACUCUCAUUAUGAUCAGUCCAAGAGACGGGAUCAGGAUUCCCGCUAUGGUCAGUCUGAGAGACAGGGUCAGGACUCCCGCUAUGGUCAGCCUGAGAGACACGGUCAGGACUCCCACUAUGGUCAGUCUGAGAGACCUGGUCAGGACUCCCGCUAUGGUCAGUCUGAGAGACACGGUCAGGACUCCCGCUAUGGUCAGUCUGAGAGACACGGUCAGGACUCGCACUAUGGUCAGUCUGAGAGACACGGUCAGGACUCCCGCUAUGGUCAGUCUGAGAGACACAGUCAGGACUCGCACUAUGGUCAGUCUGAGAGACAGGGUCAGGAUUCCUGCUAUAGUCAGUCUGAAAGACAAGAAAGGGAUUCCCCCCAUGGUCAAUCUGAGAGACAGGGUCAAGAGUCUAGCUCUGGUCAAAGACUGAGUCAUAAAUCAAACAGUGGCCAGCCUGAAAAGCAAGGAUAUAUCUUUGCUUUAAAUCAGUAUGAGAAACCAGUUCAGGAUUCUCAUUAUGGUCAGUCUGAAAGGCUUGAACAACGAUCAAGCUGUGGCCAAUCUGGAAGACUCAGACAAGACUCUUGCUCUAGCCAGACAAACCAACAGGAGUCAGGCUUUUAUUAUGGACAGUCUGGGAGGCUGGGUCAGGAAUCAGGCUAUGGUCAGAGAGAUAGUCAGGGAUUGGAUUCUCACUAUGGUCAGACAGACAGACAAGACCAGAGUUAUCACUACAGUCAGACAGACAGACAGAGCCAGCAUUAUCAUUAUGGUGAGACAGACAGACAAGGCCUAGGUUCUCAGUGUAGUCAGACAAAUAGACAAGGCCUCAGCUCUCAAUAUGGCCAGACAGGCAGACAAGACCAGAGUUAUCACCAUGGUCAGACAGACAGACAAGGUAUGAGCUCUCAAUAUGGUCAGAUAGACAGACAAGACCAGAGUUAUCGCUAUGGUCAGUCACAGACUGGGGAAACUGAAAUACAAGGGCAAAAUAGGUACUUUCAAGGGACUGAAGGAAUAAGAAAAGACUCAUAUGUUGAACAAUCAGGAAGGUCACGGAGACUAAAUCAACAGAUUCCAGGACAGGAAGUGAACAGAAACCAGGGAUGGGGAUCUCAGUCUAGGGAAGAGCAGCAGAACUACCACCAGGUAUGGGAGCCUGAAGAGGACAGCCAAAACCACCAACACAAACUCCUAGCACAAAUCCAGCUCUGCCACAAAGGGAGAGACUGGCAAUCAAGCAGUAGUGAGCAAGGUCACAGACAGGCCCAGACAAGGCAGAGCCAAGGUGGAGGGCAGAGAUACCAGGAAGAGGAAGAGCAGAGUCGUCAAAGCUGGGGUAGACACAGCCAUGAAGUUCGGGAGACUCCAUGUGAGGCACAGGACAGACAAACCCACGAAGAGGAACAAAGCCAUCCAACAAGGGACAGACAAACCCAUGAAGAUGAGCAGAACCACCAGAGACAAGACAGGCAAACCCAUGACUAUGAGCAGAACCACCAGAGACAAGACAGGCAAACCCACAACUACGAGCAGAACCGCCAGAGACAAGACAGGCAAACCCGUGACUAUGAGCAGAACCACCAAAGACAAGACAGGCAAACCCACAAUUAUGAACAGAACCGCCAGAGACAAGACAGGCAAACCCACAAUUACGAGCAGAACCAGCAGAGGCAAGACAGGCAAACCCAUGACUAUGAGCAGAACCACCAGAGACAAGACAGGCAAACCCACAAUUAUGAGCAGAACCGCCAGAGACAAGACAGGCAAACCCACGACUAUGAGCAGAACCGCCAAAGACAAGACAGGCAAACCCACAAUUAUGAACAGAACCGCCAGAGACAAGACAGGCAAACCCACAAUUAUGAGCAGAACCGCCAGAGACAAGACAGGCAAACCCACGACUAUGAGCAGAACCACCAGAGACAAGACAGGCAAACCCAUGACUAUGAGCAGAACCGCCAGAGACAAGACAGGCAAACCCACGACUAUGAGCAGAACCGCCAGAGACAAAACAGGCAAACCCACGACUAUGAGCAGAACCGCCAGAGACAAAACAGGCAAACCCAUGACUAUGAGCAGAACCGCCAGCAACAACAGGAUAGGCAAACCCAUGAGAAGAAAGAGAGGUAUCAAGGGUUCCAGGAUCAACAAUCCCAAGGAACCCAGGGAAGCUAUCUUAACAGAGAAAAUUUCCACAUGAAUGAGGAUGACCAGAGCCAAGGCUCACAGGGAAGACGCAAUGAGCCAGCCUUCCAUCCAACCCAGAGUGAUGGGCAGCCCCAAAGAAGAGAACAGAGUGGAGGUCAACCCAUCAAGGCAGCCAUUGCUUCUAACCCGCUCUAUGACUAUGUACAAGAGCAGAAAUCAUAUCAGUACUAG